CCCCUCAUUCCUCCUCACGAGACAAACCGAAGAAAGAGAAGGCGCAGAGAGAGAGAGAGAGAGAGACACAACGAGAAAGGGAAAAAAGCCCCAAUCUGAAGCUAAACCCUAACCGCGUUUAGCUUCCAUCUUCUCGUUUCUCUCUUUUUCGCCAUUAAAAUCCCAAAUUGAAAAUACGAGCUUCAAAUUUCUCAAGCCUUCUCGGUCGGAUCACACCACACGCUUUCCUCGCAUUUCCUAAUCGAGUUAUAAAACCAACAAUGGUAUUCUGGGUGUUUGGAUAUGGUUCACUUGUGUGGAACCCUGGUUUCGAAUACGACGAGAAAGUGAUAGGUUUCAUCAAGGACUACAGGCGUGUAUUCGAUCUUGCUUGCAUUGAUCAUCGAGGUACGCCUGAGCACCCUGCAAGAACUUGCACAUUGGAACACCAAGAAGGGGCUAUUUGCUGGGGUGCUGCUUAUUCUGUGCGUGGCGGCCCUGAAAGGGAAAGACUGGCUAUGGAGUACUUGGAAAGGAGAGAAUGUGAAUAUGAUGCAAAGACUCUUGUGAACUUUUACAAGGAAGGGGACUUCUCUGAUGAGCCUUCUUUGACAGGAGUCAUUGUUUUCACAUCUACUCCAGACAAAGAAUCAAACAAAUAUUACCUGGGUCCUGCUCCAUUGGAGGAUAUGGCAAGCCAAAUUGCGACUGCUUCUGGGCCAUGCGGGAACAACAGAGACUACUUAUUUUUGCUGGAAAAAGCUAUGUUUGAUAUUGGCCAUGAAGAAGACUAUGUGAUAGAGCUUGCAAAUGAGGUGAGGAAUGUACUUGGAAUUGUUGGGAAAGGAAUUCCAAGGGAUAAGAAGUUGACAGGACCAACCCACAUCCCGCUCAAGUCCCACAUUCCAACCAUUCAAUUGCAUCCCCUUCCGGAAGCCAUUGCCAUGGACUCGUAGUCUCAUAACAUCUGAUAACUGAGGAAAGAAUAAAGAUCAAGUUGUGGAGUUGAGGAGCCUGUGCCCAUGGCCAAUCAAUUUUAUCCCCAGUUUGAUUUCACAGUAGUCGGCACUUUUCUUUAGUAAGCAGGGAACCCAUCUAACCUCAUAUAGAUUAGGUUUGAGGUGCGGCAAAAGCUUGGUUUGAAAUUGUCAGGAAUGAGGAUCACUAACAACUGUUCUUUUUAUGUUUCUUUAUUUUUUAGACCUUAUGGAAUGUAACAGUCUAGAUGAGUUUGAUUUACAGAACGUUUCAAUGGAAGUAUCGUUUCAUUCCAAUUUUCAGCAAA